UUUAAAGCACUAGUUCUGUAGCAGAUGCGGUAAGCAAAUGUGAGCUCUUACGAGGAACAGUGAAAGUGUUUUCUGCAGCUACUGUAAAUUGACUAUCAAUUAGAAACGGUGAUUGUAACGUUUCUACCGUCACACUGUUCUUGUGAUGAAAGCUAUGUAUUGACCAGGAGGCAAUGUGUCCUGCAUCAACUCGGGGUAGUUAACACUACUACUUUGAGUUAGCUAGCUCCGGCUUUUCUAUACGAACUGCCUGCUGCCUGGGAACAUUGGCUUACUGGCUAGCUUGCUAAAGACUUAUUCAGUAGGAAUUUCUCAGUUGGUGAGUAUAAAUUCAAUUUUGGACGCAGAGAUGGAUCGAUACAAUGAUGUCAAAGUGCUACUGAAAAAGUGGGAGCUGGCUUUUGUUCAACAAAACAACAGGAAACCAAACAAGGAUGAUAUUGAUAGGGCCCCAGAGGACACCAAAGAACUUUACAGAGAGUACAAAAUGCUUAAACAAGCAAAGGAAACAAGCUGUAAUGGAACGUCGGCACGUUCUGACCAAUCACAGUCAACAGAAAAAGAACAGGCGACGGAGUCUGAUUGCUGGGGAUCUCAUCUGAACCGUAAGAACAUGCCCAGAGCUGUCCCCAAGCUGACACCCCAGGACAGAGACUCCCUGCAAGCGUCUGCUCAGUACUAUGGGAUGAAGCUGAAGUCUAAAUUAGGAGCCUCGGCGAAGGAACGGCCCGUCUCUCUGAAGAAAGCCUAUACUCCGCGGAGACCGGCUCUGAAGUCAUGGAAAGAGGGCCAGGGUCCAGGCGACGACGCAGGCGUCCAGGGUCUUCAGCCCCGGCCGGCCAACACUUGCCCGGACCCCUGCGCGGCUCUGCCCCAGACCCAGAGCGCCGAGGCGGGCGCGGAGGAGCCGUUCGAGACCGUGCCGGCCGUCCCGCCGCCCGCGGCCCGCUCGCCGGACGGUCUGGCGCUGAGAGCGCGGCUCCUGAGACAGUCGGCCACCAGGAGGCUGUCUUCGGUGGACGGCGCGUGGCUCCAGCGCUGCCAGGUGUUUGACGAAGUGGAGAAGAAAGAGAAGCCCGUCACGGGCAAUUUGUCCCUUGCGGCGAUCCCCGACGCCCCUGGCAACGGCCCGGUCGGCAGUGCGCUGCCCGCAGCUGAAAUUCCCCCCCCUCGCCCCAGCGGCCCUGGGCCAUCAUUGAAGGCCGGCGAGGAUGAGGAAGAUGGGGAAACCAGACGGGGCCGGACGGGAGAGGCCCGCGGAGGAGCGGAGAAGACUCGGCCCCCAGCCAGGGACAGCGAGGAGACUGCGAGGGGCCCCGGGCCGGAAGACGGGGCGGGGGAGACGGGGGCGAAGAGAAAGAACCGGAAAAGUCAGAGGGCCGGUGAGGAGACGGUUAGGGGCCCUGGGCCGGAAGGGCCCGAAGCCGAGACGGGGGCGAAGAGAAAGAACCGGAAAAGUCAGAGGGAUGAUGAGGAGACGGUGAGGGGCCCCGGGCCGGAAGGGCCCGAAGACGGACCGGGGGAGACGGGGGCGAAGAGAAAGAGCCGGAAACGACGGUGGGACGGCGACGGUGACGGUAACGGUGCAGAGGGGGAGGGGCCCGACGCCGCUGAGGAGGGCGCGGCCCCGAAGAAGCGGAGGACCAGGAAGGGCCCUGCGGGGGGCCCCUCCGCGCCGCGCGGGAGGAAGAAGGCGCCCGAGCUCGCCGAAGACGACGGCGGUGACCCGGAGCCGCCCGCCCCCGCGGGGAAGAAGGCCAAACUGAAGCUCCCUCAGCAGAACAUCCUGGGAGAGGAGGAGAUGGAGGACAUCAAAGCUGCCAGGAGCAGACAGGCGGGGAAAGUGAGAGCCCCCAAGAAUUCAGCUGGGAACUUUGUGAAAAUAAACCUGAAGAAGAAGAGUCACGUCAAAGGCUUUGCGUUGAGAGGGGCCGCGCUCCGCAAGCAGAUGUACAUGGAGAAGUUCCAGCUGAAGGGGGAGCGUUUCGGAGGCGGCACGGGGCGAGGCGGCCGGCGGUUCGGCGGCUUCAGUCGUCAGGGCGACAGCUGCUUCAAGUGCGGCGGCACUGGCCACUGGGCCCGCGACUGCAGGGGGCGGGCUCCUGCUCCCGCGCCGAGCGCCGGAGGAGCGGAGGAGGCGGGGGAGGCGGAGGAGGAGGAGCCGUUCGAGCUGCCCACGCUGAGGGAGGUGGCGCUGGCCACGGGCACCCUGAGCUCGGAGCCUCUCGCGCCACCCGGCGGCGGCGAGGGGAAUGGCGAGACGGGGGCGGAGGGCGAGGAGGUCCUGCUCAACGUGAUGCGGCCCGACUACGAGAAACCGGCCCCUCCCCCGCCGAUGGAGCCCCUGUACGACCUGGGGGAGGACGGGAAAGUGCAAGCUGCCCCGGCGGAGGUGUACGAGGCUCUGACAGACUUCGGGUACAAGAGCUUCAGGCCUGGACAGGAAAUGGCCAUCAUGAGAAUCCUCUCAGGUCUGUCUACUCUGGUAGUCCUGUCCACUGGGAUGGGGAAGUCUCUUUGCUACCAGCUCCCGGCCUACCUCUAUGCCAAAAGGUCAAAGAGCAUUGCGUUGGUGGUGUCCCCUUUGGUCUCGCUGAUGGACGAUCAGUUGUCUGGACUCCCUCCAAAACUUAAAGCCGCCUGUAUCCAUUCCAACAUGUCCAAGAAACAGCGGGAGGCAGCCAUCGAAAAGGUGAAGGCAGGCCUGGUCCACGUGCUGCUCCUGUCCCCGGAGGCGCUGGUGGGCGGGGGGCACGCGGGGUCUGCCUGCCUCCCUCCGGCUGACCAGCUCCCCCCGGUGGCCUUCGCCUGCAUCGACGAGGCCCACUGCGUGUCCGAGUGGUCUCACAACUUCCGGCCCUGCUACCUGAGGCUGUGCAAGGUGCUGAGGGACCGUCUGGGCGUGCGCUGUCUCCUGGGGCUCACCGCCACCGCCACCCUGUCCACCGCGCUGGACAUCGCUCAGCACCUGGAGAUCCGCGACCCGGAGGGCAUCGCCGUGCGCUCGGCCGCCGUCCCGCUCAACCUGCAGCUGUCCGUGUCCACCGACCGCGACAAGGACCAGGCUCUGGUGGCUUUGCUGAAAGGGGAACGCUUUGGGUCUUUGGACUCCAUUAUCGUGUACUGCACCCGGCGAGAGGAGACCAGCCGAAUCUCUGCGCUGCUGCGGACCUGCCUGCAGGGGGUGACAGUGAGGGAGACCGCCGUAAAAGAGGAGGGAGUGGCAGAGGAGAAUCCCGUUAGUCAGAAAAAGAAAGCCCUGGCCCGGAAGAAGAUCCGGAAGCCGCUGAAGUGGAUCGCGGAGUCCUACCACGCGGGCCUGUCCGCGGCGGAGAGGAGGCGGGUCCAGAACAACUUCAUGUGCGGCGAGCUGCGGCUGGUGGUGGCCACCGUGGCCUUCGGCAUGGGCCUGGACAAGUCGGACGUCCGCGGCGUCGUCCACUACAACAUGCCCAAGAGCUUCGAGAGCUACGUGCAGGAGAUCGGGCGGGCGGGGCGCGACGGCCUGCCCGCGCACUGCCACCUCUUCCUGGACCCCGAGGGAGGAGACCUGCACGAGCUGCGCAGGCACAUCUAUGCCGACACCGUGGAUUACUUCAGCAUUAAGAAGCUGGUGCAGAAAGCCUUUCCCCCCUGCAAGUGCAAAAAGAUCCACCAGAAACGCCUGGAAAAGGCGUGGGAGGUGAAUGACGCCGAGAUGAUGGAGCUGAUGGAAGACUGCGAGGAAGCUGCACGGCUCCCACGGCAACAGGACGAGGAGCGCGGCGAGGGGGACGUCCUGCCGCCCCGCCCGCCGCCCCGUGUGUGUCACACGCACGAGAGAGCCAUACCUAUACAGGAGACGGUGGAGACCCUGGACAUCACCGAGGAAGGCUUGGAGACGUUGCUGUGCUACCUGGAGCUGCACCCGCAGCAGUGGGUGGAGCUGCUGCACCCCACCCUGUCUGCCUGCCGCCUGGUCUCCUACGGCGGCCCCCAGGAGCUUCGCAAACUCACCAGAAUCUGCCCCCCCGUGGCUGUGGCUCUGGCCCGGAAGCGGAUGGCGGGGGAGAGGGUGGAGACGUGCGACUCGCUGGAGUUCGACGUGGUGGAGCUGGCGGACACUAUGGGCUGGCAGCUGCCCCUGGUUAAGAGGGGCCUGAGGCAGCUCCAGUGGAGCACAGAGAGGGGGAUGUUUGGGGGCACUGGAAAGAGUGGAGUCCUGGUAGAGUUCUCCAGCCUGUCAUUCUACUUCCGUUCCUAUGGAGACUUGACGGCAGACGAGAUGGAUGCCGUGUGCGAGUUCCUGCACAGGCGGGUCCAAGCCCAGGAGAAAACCCAGCUUUACCAGCUCAAGGCCUGCUUCAAAGCCUUCCGCAGUGUUGCAUAUCGAAAUUGCAGCUUUUGCACUGAUGAGAUGGACGAACGCCGAAGUCUAAUGCUGAAGGAGCUGCUGAGGGACUACUUCGAUAAGAAGAGGGACCUGGACCUGAGUAACGAGUACCAUGAGGAUGAGGAGGAGGACGAUGAGGUGCUGAAUAAGUAUAAGCUUAAGGACUGGGAGGACCAGAUUCGGGCGGACAUCCGGAGCUUCCUGUCCUGCCGCAGCGAUGAGAAGUUCUCUGGCCGAGCUGUGGCCAGGAUUUUCCACGGAAUCGGAAGUCCCUGUUAUCCUGCACAAACAUUUGGCCGAGACAGACGAUACUGGAGGAAAUACAUUCAGUUUGAUUUCAACGAAAUCAUCCGUUUUGCCACACAAGAAAUUAUACGGACCAGGUGAAACUAAUGGGACAUUAACAGAAGGAAAAAAUAUUAGGUGCAGCUUGUUUUAUGCGUGUAGAUUAUGGCUGUGUUCAUAGUGACAAACGUCCUUGUUUCCAAAGCUUUGCUUUACUUGCAUUUUAUAUGUUGUAUAAAGUAAAUAGGAUAUUUUUGUAUGUUGUGAAUAAAUGGCUAAAUUCAUUUAUAUAGCUAAAUGUAUUUGUGUAUU